CACGGACUCUCCUGACUGUCACUCAGAACAGCCGCGCAAUCUGAGACACGUCCUCUCUGCGUGUCGCGACACCCUUCUGAGCAAUGUCUUUUUUGCUGUUACGUGAAGUUGACCUUCGCUCAGCCCAACCCUUCACAAAGGAACUUUUUCGUCUCCCAUUUUUUGCCCCAACAAGGAGACUCGACUCUCGGAGAGAACUGCGCCGAUGAACCAUUCAAGCCAAACCAGCCCUUUGCGCCCGCUCCUACAAGCCCUUCGAGACGUUCGAUAUGGCGGCAGACGCGUCAACAGACCCCGGUGGUCAAAAUCACGAAAACUGUGAGCGGGACUCAUCAGGCGAGGACAGAUGUCAAGUCGCCGCGAAUGGAGAAUCGAAGCAAGACAGGGCAGGUUUGCCUGUGGAGGAUGUCCCCGCCAACGAUACAUCCAAAGUUCGCUUCUCGAUAGAACUGCCCCGAGAUACAGAGGAGGAUAUACGACCGAGGGAGAUCAAGACAUCUGCUCGUCCUCCCGCUGGCAUACUCAAGAGCCCCUCGGUGGGCCGCAACCGGGGGUACUCCCUCAGACGUUCGCUUUUCACACAGAAUAUUCAGAAGCAGGCUUCGGACAAUGGAAGUACAUUUGAGAUGGAUCCUUCGAAGGCUGCGGCCAACUCGCCAAAGAUUGACUCCCGCCCGACCACCAUCACUGUUGAGGAGGCAGAAGAAGAACCCGAUGCGCGAUCGACCAAACCCGUUCGACUGUCGGAUUCGGAUCUCGAGCUUCCAUUGUACCGACGAUGGAUGUCUAAACACCAUUCUCGAACGACUCUGCUCAAGCGGCUCACAGAAAGGUAUCGCCAAUUGCGGGACAAAAUUAUUCGGGCCAACACUAUUCCGCCCAGUCUCGACGGAAGACAUAUCAGGGUGAAUGUGGUUGAGGCCGACCACGCCCUCGACGAGAGGACUGGCAAGCCCUACAUCAGCAACGUCAUCCGCUCUUGUCGCUACACACCCUGGAACUUUGUCCCGAAACAGCUCGUCGCCCAAUUCGGGAAACUCGCCAACUUCUACUUCCUGUGCGUUUCUAUACUCCAAAUGAUACCCGGUCUGAGUACCACGGGGACGUACACCACCAUAAUUCCACUACUCAUCUUUGUUGCUCUGUCAAUGGCUAAAGAAGGGUAUGACGAUAUUAGGAGACAUCGCCUGGACAAAGAGGAGAACGAAAGAACGACGCAGGUUCUCAGGAUUGCUCCAUCUAGCUCCUCUCAUACUGAAUGGCAGGAGAAGACAUGGAGCGAAGUCCGGGUUGGCGAUAUCGUACUGUUAAAGAGAGAUGCUGGAAUUCCUGCCGACUUGAUACUACUUCAUACCGACGAGCCCACGGACACAGCUUACAUCGAAACGAAAAGCCUCGAUGGAGAGACGAAUCUCAAAUCCAAAAGGCCCGCCGCCGAUGUGAGUGCAGCUUGUCAAGAUCCAGACACCAUCGCCAGACUCCCUGCCGAAUUCGUGGUGGAGGACCCUAACCUUGAUCUCUACAAAUUCGAUGGCAGGGUAACGAUCAAUGGUUCAACACUACCACUGACCAAUUCGGAGAUCGUGUAUCGUGGUAGCGUCCUGCGUAAUACUCCAUCUGCGGUCGGCCUGGUCAUCUAUUCUGGCGAGGAGUGCAAAAUACGCAUGAAUGCGAACAAGACUCCUCGCGUCAAGGCCCCUACAUUGCAGGCCAAGGUCAAUAGAGUCGUCAUUUUCGUGGCCUCGCUCGUCAUCUUCAUGGCUAUAAUUCUGACUGUGGCCUAUCAGAUUUGGCGUCGGACGACUGAGGAAAAGUCGUGGUACCUCCAGGACGCGAAAGUGCCUUUUGGCCAUGUCCUGACCUCCUUCAUCAUCAUGUUGAACACGAUGUUGCCCUUGAGCUUGUACGUGUCACUGGAAAUCGUCAAAUUGGCCCAGAUGUUCUUGAUGAACGAUGUGGAUAUGUACGAUCCCGAAUCAGACAUCCCAAUGGAACCGCACACCUCGACAAUCAACGAAGAGCUGGGGCAGGUCAGCUAUAUAUUUUCCGACAAGACCGGGACGCUGACGAACAACUCGAUGAAGUUUCGGAAAAUGAGCGUCGCUGGCACAGCGUGGCUGCAUGAUCUUGAUCUGCAAGAUGAAGCUGCAGAUGGAGCUGGGCGUGAGAAGCUCUGGCACAAAAAGCGAGGCGGCAAAGGAAAGGAACCUCGCGCAGAGAAGAAACAGAGGAUGUCUUUAUCUAGGGCUCUCCGUAAAUCCACAGCAUCCACCAGUGCCGGAACUGACAACCAGACUACGCAUGCAUCCGCCCCAGAAGACAGCCCGUGGAAAGCCUCAAACGGUCUCAGUAUGACUCUGGAAACUGGCAAGACACAAGAUCUGCUCGACUACAUCUACCGGCGGCCGUUUACCGCCUUCGCACGAAAAGCUCGAUUCUUUCUUCUUUCGCUGGCUCUAUGUCAUACCUGCAUUCCGGAGAAAGACGAUGAAGGCAAUCUUGAGUAUCAGGCUGCUUCACCGGAUGAAUUGGCAUUGGUGACAGCCGCGCAAGACUUGGAUUACAUUGUGACUGAUCGGCAUUCUAAUACGGUGACGAUCAAGACUUAUGCUGAUGGAGACGAGGAGUCUCCCAUCUACGAGACCUACGAAGUGCUUGAUGUUAUUGAAUUCUCCAGCGCCAGGAAACGAAUGUCGGUGGUUGUGCGUUUUCCCGACCAACGCAUUUGCCUCAUCAGUAAGGGCGCGGAUGGCACCAUCCGGAAUCUCCUGCGCUUGGCAGAUCUGGCAGCUUCGAAUGUGCAAGCCGUGGAAAGGCGAGCCAGUCAGCGGAAAAGCGUUGAAGCCCAAGAAGCUCUGAGAAGACGCAGCACUCAAUUGAGUCGGAGGUCAAGCUCUGGAUAUGCCGCUUCCCCACGACCCAGCGGCUUCUCCUUCGACCGUUCUCGGACUGCCCGUGACAGCAUUGACCACUGGUUGAAAGAGCGUGAGAAGGAUGUGGGAACUUCGCAACGACGUAAGAGCUCACAGUUCUACUCACCUCGACCCUCCAUGCAGCUUUUAUCUCGCAAGUCCGAAAGCUACGCCGGGAGAGCACAAUACUCGCCUCAGACCACGCCUCGUGCUUCGAUGCAAGUCGAUGAUUCGGAAGAUUUAGUUGAGGAGAGUCUUGUUCUAGACGAUAAUGCCGUGUUCGCUCGCUGUUUCCAGCAUAUUGAUGACUUUGCGACGGAAGGCCUUCGAACGCUCCUGUAUGCAUAUCGGUUCUUGACCGAAGAUGAGUACAAGACAUGGAAGCAGGUCUAUCUGUCUGCGACGACGAGCAUCGUGGACCGACAGGAGAAGAUUGAACAUGCGGCAGAACUACUCGAGACAAAACUGGAGUUGCUGGGGGCCACCGCCAUCGAGGAUAAAUUGCAGAAAGGUGUUCCUGAUGCCAUUGACCGGCUCCGCAGGGCCGGCAUCAAGAUGUGGAUGCUUACCGGUGACAAACGAGAGACUGCCAUUAACAUUGGUCACUCGUGUCGAUUGAUCAAGGACUAUUCUACUGUCAUUGUCCUUGACCAUGAGCUUGGAGACUUGCACGACCGAAUGGCACAAGCAUUUGUCCAGAUUGACGACGAGAAAACGGCGCAUUCAGUUUUGGUCAUAGAUGGACAAACUCUGACUAUCAUCGACGCAGACCGCGCGACCAGGGCGCUGUUUACAGAUGUUGCGAUCCGUGCCGACUCUGUGAUAUGCUGCCGAGCUUCCCCCAGUCAGAAGGCUUCUCUCGUCAGGACCAUUAGGACCAAAGUCAAGGGCUCUGUGACCUUGGCUAUUGGGGAUGGGGCCAACGACAUUGCCAUGAUCCAAGAGGCGCAUCUGGGAAUUGGAAUUGCUGGCAAGGAAGGUCUCCAAGCUGCGCGAACUUCUGACUAUUCGAUUGCCCAAUUCCGUUUCUUGUUGAAAUUGCUGCUCGUGCAUGGACGAUGGAACUAUGUUCGGAUCUGCAAGUACCUUCUCGGUACUUUGUGGAAAGAAAUGAUGUUCUACAACGCUCAAGCCCUGUACCAGCGAUGGAACGGUUACACCGGCACCAGCUUGUACGAGCCGUGGAGUUUGUCCAUGUUCAAUACCCUGUUCACGUCUCUCCCGGUGAUCUUCAUGGGCGUCUUCGAGAAGGACCUGGCUGCAUCCACGUUACUGGCAGUGCCGGAACUCUACAACUUUGGUCAACGAGAUUGCGGAUUCAACUUCUGGGUCUACCUGAGGUGGUCCACACUUGCAGUAUGUGAAGCAGUUCUUGUUUACUUUAUGAUCUACGGCAUCUACGGCAUGGCCUGGUUCACCCGGGACCAAGAGCUGUACGCCUUUGGGUCGCUGGUCUUCACUGCCUGUAUCGUCAUCAUCUCUUUGAAAUUACAGUUUAUCGAGCUGCACAACAAGUCGGUGAUGGCAGCAAUAGCGAUCUUUCUGUCCGUGGGCGGGUGGUGGCUGUGGAACCUUAUUCUGUCAAGUAUAUACCCUUUCAACCCUGUGUACAGUGUCAACCACGCCCUGUUGGAUGGGUUCGGACGCAAUCUUCUCUGGUGGAUCACCCUUCUCUGGACCAUCUCGGCUGUUUGUCUGCUGGAAGUGACAAUCAAAGCAAUCAGUGCGGCUGCCUGCCCCAGCGAUGUGGACGUCUUUCAGGGAUUUGAACAGGAUCGAGAGGUUCGCAAGCGCUUCGAAGAGGCUGCAGCGGAUCUCCUGCAACAGGGCUGGGACAGAGGGACGAAGAAGUCGAGUCUGGAGCUGACCCGAGAAGCAGCCGAACAAGCGGAACGUGAGGCACAAGUCCAAGAACUAUUGAACAAGCCUCGGGACAUGUCGGACAGGCGAAAGCCCAAGGUGAAGAGGAACGACUCGGGACUCAGCACCAAGGCAGAGCCCAGUACGAAGAGACCACAGAAUCACCGACAAGGGAGCAGUCACGAAAUGAGUGAAGUACAGCUGUCGCAGCAGCGCAAGUCGAUCGAUAUUGGCGAACUGUUCAGCAAGGGCUUUGGCGCGGUGCGCAGGAGCCAGGAGUUACUACGAUAGAGUCAUGGGCGAUGACCAAAAAAUACCCCCUGAGACGCAUUGUUUUCUUUUUGGAUGAGAAAUGAGUAUGAAAUGUACGGAGCAUUGAGCGCUGAAUUAUGACGGAACAUGGGACAGGGUUUGGAACAUGGAUCGACUUAGAGACAUGCAUAUAGGGAGCAAUUGGCGAUGAAUAUACUCUUCCACCUUGUCAAU